AUGCUCAGAUCACGCGCACUCCAUCGACUCAUCUGCCCGCUGCUGCUCCUCAUCUCCCUCUCCAGCUCAGGGGAGAGCCGGCCUCACGUGGUCCACGAAGGCACAUCUGAUGCGGACAGGAGGGACAGCCAGAGGGUCCUGCUUCUGGAGGCGGUGAAGGCGGGGAUCCUCAGGUCGUUGGGUAUGGACAGGGAGCCCGGGCCAACCCAAAAGGCAAUGGAGCAGGAGUUGAGAAAGAUGUAUCAGCUCUAUGGGGAAAAACUGAGAGAGAUGAGAGGAAAUUCCAGCCAGGUGAUGCGGGAAACCUGGCAAUCCACAAUUUCUACUGUUCUCUUUCCAGCCACAGUGAAGCCAGUAAAAGUGCUUUGGAGGGGAGAACAACCAAAGUCAGUUCAACGCAUGCAGUGGUACAGGGCUGUGUUCCAUAAAAACCCAAAUAUCCAGACUGAACUGACACUAGCUCGGGCAGAACUGAAGAUUUCCAGGCAGAUCUCCCACAAACCGGCGUCAGUUCAGCCUGAGGUCAGACAAGAGGUUAAAGUAAAAGUCAGCGGCAUGAAGCCGAUGAACUCUUGGACAGACAAAGACACUCUAGUCCAUGCCAAUGUCUCAAGCACUCAAGAUGUGAUGUUGGACGUCAGCCCUGAGGUGGAGAAGUGGAUGAGAACUGAUGGUGCUCAGGCACUUGUUGUGGAUGUAGGGAUGGUUGUGGUUGACAGCGAUGCCCUCAAGACAAACCCAACCAUUUCUCUGGAAUUAGGCCUCAUGCAGCCCAAACCAGCACAGAGGACUCGCCGCUCCAACAAGGAGGACGACUGUGAUGAACAAGGAUGGUGCUGCCGGAAGUCAAUCACUGUGUCCUUCAAAGACAUCGGCUGGACGGACUGGGUGGUGGCCCCAGACGAAUACACAAUGCAUUUCUGUGACGGCAGCUGCCCCCACAACUACAAGCCAGCCAGCAUGCACACACAGGUGAAGUCUCGGCUGCACCAGAUUACCAAAGGAGGGACACCUCGCCCCUGCUGCGUGCCGGCGGCCUACGAGCCCAUGGUCCUCAUGCACUAUGACAGCAGGGGAAAGUUGAAGCUGACUCCCUUCAACGACUUGAUUGUCAGUAAAUGUCACUGUGCCUGAGGAAAAAAAUGCAAGUGACCUUUUAACUGUAAACCCUAAUGGGAGAGCGUUGCCACUUGAAAAAAUGCUUGUGUUCUGAAAUGAACAUUUUAUCAUUGGUUAACUAAAUUAAAAUUGUAGUCAUCCACCUUUACUUUUUUGAAGAUGAAAAAAAACGAUGUUACUGCUGCACAGAGCCACCGCUUUGUUUUAUAUUCUGGAUCAAACAGUAGAUCUGUUCAUUCAUGUCUUUGCCUUUAAACAUAUAAUUAUUUAUUUUAAACUCUAUUUAUGGUCCUAUUUGUGU